UAGAGCUGGGUGGCUCAUCCCAGUGUAGCACAAGUGGACUGCCUGAAGGAGAAAAUGGAGCUGUAUUCCAUCCCCUCUAAAAAACUUGAUGGAUAUAUUGGUAUGACCCUCCACCCCAGCGAGGAGUUUCAAGAGAAUGUCAGCAAUGCUGUGGACAGAAUUUGUUCUUUCCUGAAAGAAGACUGUAAUCUGAAUGCCAGAGUGAUCAAGACAGUAAAGGCUGGCUCUGCAGGAAAAGGAACAGCUCUGGAUAUGAGUUCAGAUGUUGAUCUGGUUAUCUUCCUCAGCUGCUUCUCCAGCUUCCAGGAUCAAGCAGAGCAGCGUGAACGUGUGAUCAAGGACAUUGAAAAGAAUUUGAAGAGGUGUAUCCAGACGAUUGCUUUCAGAGUUGACAUCUUGUCACCGAGGCAGAAGGGAACUCCUCCACGUUCACUCUCAGUCAUCAUCCAGGCAAAAAAGAAGACAGAGUCGGUAGAGGUGGACAUCCUCCCAGCAUAUGAUGCUUUAGGUCCGAUAACGUCUACAUAUGUGCCACCUAAGGAGGUCUAUAUCGACCUGAUUGAAGCCAAUGGAGACCCAGGAGAGUUCAAUACUUCCUUCACAGAGCUGCAGAGGAAUUUUGUGAAACAUCGUCCACCAAAGCUGAAGGAUCUGCUACGGCUGGUCAAGCACUGGUACAAAGAAAUCAAGAAGGUGAGCUGUUAUGAGAGAGAGGGGGAGAGGCUGGAAUAUGAUUUAUUUUUAAAAAUCCCUACGUAUUCAGAAACAAAAUGGCCUCAUGGNAAAGAAGCAGAGCAAUUCAACAUGGCAGAAGGAUUUUGCACAGUGAUGAAACUGAUCAUUCACUACCAAGACCUCUGCUUCUAUUGGACUAAAUAUUACAGUCUUAAGGCUCCCAGAAUUGGGCUCCAUGUGAAAGGAAAAUUGAGGGAGUCACGUCCAGUGAUUAUCGAUCCAGCAGAUCCAACAGCAAAUGUGGCCAAAGCCAGUGGAGAAGCUUGGGAUCUACUGGCCAAGAAUGCUUCUUAUUGCCUGAAGCAGUCUUGUUGCAUGAAGAAUGGGGAACCUAUCAAAUCCUGGGAUGUGCAGCCAACCCGAAACAUUGAGGUGACGGUGAAACAACGGACAGGAACACCUGUAGUUAUAUCAUGCAACCCUCUUCAACCUAUCAUGUACAUCAAGAAGAAGAUUGGGAACGAAGGGCAUACCUGUGAGCUAUAUUUGGAGGAACUUGGGCAAGAAAAUGUAGCCUUGCAGAAUGAUAAAAGAUUGGCAGAUUAUGGUAUAUUCUAUGAUACUACCAUCCGGCUACAUCUCAAGAGUAUGAAAAAGAAUAUGAUCAUUUUUGUGCUCUUUUCUCUUUUCUUUCUUUUUCUUUUUUACAUUUAUUUUGUUAAGUUUAAAGCUGGUGGUCGGAAAUUUGAGAAGCUUUCUGUAACUCCAGGGUCCCAGAUCACUCCGUUGAGAUUAGUAGCUGCUAUAACUCUUGAAGGGAGCUGGGUGGCUCAUCCCAGUGUAGCACAAGUGGACUGCCUGAAGGAGAAAAUGGAGCUGUAUUCCAUCCCCUCUAAAAAACUUGAUGGAUAUAUUGGUAUGACCCUCCACCCCAGCGAGGAGUUUCAAGAGAAUGUCAGUGAUGCUGUGGACAGAAUUUGUUCUUUCCUGAAAGAAGACUGUGAUCUGGACCAGGAUGCCAACGUGAUCAAGACAGUAAAGGCUGGCUCUGCAGGAAAAGGAACAGCUAUGGAUAUGAGUUCAGAUGUUGAUCUGGUUAUCUUCCUCAGCUGCUUCUCCAGCUUCAAGGAUCAAGCAAAGCAGCGUGAACGUGUGAUCAAUGACAUUGAAAAGAAUUUGAAGAGGUGUAUCCAGACGAUUGCUUUCAAAGUUGAAAUCUUCCCACCGAGGCGGAAGGGAACUCCUCCACGUUCACUUUCACUCCUCAUCCAGGCAAAAAAGAAGAGAGAGUCGGUAGAGGUGGACAUCCUCCCAGCAUAUGAUGCUUUAGGUCCGAUAUCUUUUACGUAUGUGCCACCUAAGGAGGUCUAUAUCGACCUGAUUGAAGCCAAUGGAGACCCAGGAGAGUUCAAUACUUCCUUCACAGAGCUGCAGAGGAAUUUUGUGAAACGUUGUCCAGCAAAGCUGAAGGAUCUGCUACGGCUGGUCAAGCACUGGUACAAAGAAAUCAAGAAGCAAUCCAGCAGCAUGUCCCCCAAAUUGCCUCCCAAAUUGCCCCCCAAAUUUGCCCUGGAAUUGCUUACUAUUUAUGCUUGGGAAGAAGAAAAAAAAGGAGCAGAGCAAUUCAACACAGCAGAAGGAUUUUGCACAGUGAUGAAACUGAUCACUCAGUACCAAGACCUCUGCUUCUAUUGGACUAAAUACUACACCCUGGAGGAUUCCAAAAUAGGGGUACAUGUGAAAGGAAAACUGAAGGAGUCACGUCCUGUGAUUAUCGAUCCAGGAGAUCCAACAGCAAAUGUUGCCAAAGCCAACGUGGAAGCUUGGGAUCUAUUGGCCCAGAAAGCUUCUGAUUGCCUGACCCAGUCUUGUUGCAUGAAGAAUGAGGAGCCUAUCAAACCCUGGAAUGUACAGCCGGCCCGAGAUAUUGAGGUGACGGUGAAACAACAGACAGGAGCACCUAAAGUUAUAUCAUGCAACCCUUUUGUACCUAUCAAGUGGAUCAAGAAGCAGAUUGGGAAAGAAGGGUGUAUCUGUGAGCUAUAUUUGGAGGAAACAGCCUUGCAAAAUGAUAAAAGAUUGGCAGAUUAUGGCAUAUUCUACAAUACUACCUUCCGACUACUUCGUAUUACAUCUCAGAAGAUGAACAUUUUUGUGAAAGACUUCAAUAACAGAACCACAAACUACACAGUGAACUCCAGUGAAACUGUGCUGGGCCUGAAAAAGAUGAUUGAAGCCAGCAAACAUAUAGCGGUAAAUCAGCAAUGCCUGACCUACCAUGAUAAAGAGUUGGAAGAUGGAAAGACACUUGCCUAUUACGAUAUUAGAAGCAAUGAGACUGUCUACCUGCUUUUGAGGCUUAGAGGUGGGCAUUGGAAUGGGAUGGGAUGGGAUGGAAUAGAAAAUAAUAAUUAGGAUAGGAUAGGAUAGGACAGGACAGGACAGAAUAAAAUCUUCAUUGAUUAAUCAUUUGACCAUAUUAAAUAUAUAAAACCAAUACAAAUAUAUAAGUACAUACAAAGAAAACAAUAGGACAUGUUCAUAGUAAAUUGUCAUCCCUACAGUUAACCCCAAUCUGACCUAAAUAUUCUGUCCUCUUCAAAAUGGACUUUGCAUUUUAAGAAGAAGGCACACACUUAUGAGCUAUUCCUAUAUACUGAGUGUUGGUGUUUCUCCUCCUUCUUAAACUGCAAUGGAUGUCAACCUUCCAGAAACCUCAUGGUGCUUCGAAUGUCCCUUCCAGCUCUAUUCUAUUCUAAAGUCUGGGAAUCAAGGUGAUUCAGAUUAUUUACAAAGUAACAAAGGAUUUCUCUCAUAACAAUUGUCUGAAGCUUAAUUGGGGAAUGUGAUUUGCAUUGUCAGGGGAAGGGGAGUUUCUAUACUUUUAAUUUACUGUUGUGGUGCCAAUUUAACCAGAGUUGGUUUUCUAUUCAUCUGUGCUGAUAUGGUGUGCUCAAUA